AUGCCGACUGUGAAGAACGGCAAAACGUUUGGAAGCGCCGAAAUGAAGGUCAAGGCGAGAGGUUCUAACAGCGGGUGCGCCCCCACAAAGCCUAACGAGAUAAGGGACUUAGUAGGGAGGACAGAGCAUCACGUCAAAAACGCCGGAGACUUUGUCGACAAGAUUCGAGGAAUUGAACUCCAACCAGAAGUUAUCCUGGUGAGCUUUGAUGUUACAUCCAUAUUUACAAAAGUACCCGUCGACGAAGCCCUGGAGGAACUACAUCGAAGACUAAUCGCAGAGGACAAGGAUGAGAGCCUAAUGGAUUUGGCAAAAGUGUGCCUUCUUCCUUCCGGGACCAUUUCUACGAACAGACGGAGGGAGCAGCAAUGGGUUCAGUUAUCUCCAGUCCUGGCCAAUAUACACAUGGAAGCCUUUGAGAAGAAAGCCCUGGAAUCCACAACGUUGAAGCCUAAGUGCUGGUACCGAUAUGUUGAAGACACCUUCAUCAUCUGGCAACACCGUCGCGAAUUUCCUGGAUCACAUCAAUGGGAUACAUCCAGAUAUCCAGUUUACCAUGGAAGUAGAGAAAAAAAUUCCGCCCUUUCCUUCUUGGAUGUUUUGGUUGAGAGGAAACCAGACGGCACUUUAAGACAUCGAGUAUAUAGGAAGACAACUCACACGGACAGAUAUCUGAAUGCAGAGUCCCACCACCACUGA